UAAACGGUGGGAACGGUGGUCGAACGAGAAUGAGAAAAAUACCGACGAGGUGGCACGGGUUCGAGGACGACGAGGAGAGGCAAAAACGUUACACCUGCUCCGUCUGCGAGCUGGAAUUCGCUAAGCACAGGGAUUACAAGCGUCACAUGGUGAAGCACAGUGACGCCCGCCCCUACAUAUGCGCCACCUGCGGCAAAGCUUUCAAACGUUCCUCGGAGAUAUGCAAUCACAGGCGGAUCCAUCGUGAUAUCAAGUACUCGUGCGAGAUAUGCGGCUUCACGACCAACAACAAGAUCUCGUUGAGGAUGCACCAUCGGCGUGUCCACGAGCGCGAUUAUCGUUACCGUUGCGACCAAUGCGACAAGGGUUUCAUGUCCAACUACGAUCUGGAGGAUCACAAGACCAGCCAUCUCGAGACCAAGGCGUUCAUCUGCGAGUUCUGCGGGAACGGUUACUCGCAGAGAUCGUAUUUGGUAUCUCACAAACGGGUGAUGCACGGGAUCAAGAUGAGCACGCCCAAGGCGUUCCAGUGCAACAUAUGCAACAAGAGAAGCUUCGCCACUGAGCAGGAGCUACGCAGCCAUUUGAAUCUGCACUCCCAGAUGUUCCUGUGCGCGGAAUGCGGCCAGAAAUUCGCGACCAACUACGCUCUCAAGCUUCACUGCCGGAGGCACACCGGGGAGAAACCGUAUCAGUGCCCGUUCUGCCCGAAAGCUUUCGCCAGGUCGCCCGCGCUCAGGGUCCAUAAACUUACCCACACGGGGGAGAGGCCGUACGUGUGCAACAUAUGCGGGCAGAGUUUUACGCAGAGGAGCAGUUUGAUGGUGCACCACAAGAAGCAUCCUGGAAAUCAUCCACCGCCCCCUCCCCUGCCGCUCACCAGACUCGCCAAGGAGGCGAACAAGUCAUAGCGUUUCUGGACGCAGGAAUGAUCGGAAGGAAG